UUUUAAUUUCCUUCUCUCUGUCGUAUUCCAUAGCCACUGCAGCGAGCGAGCGAGGUAGAGAGAGAGAGAGAGUCAUGGAACUGAGCUAGAAGACCAGAGCGACCUUCAACCUAAAGCUCCCUAGGGUACGAUCGUCUCUCUCAUAAUCGCAUCGCAGUUGAUAAGUUUUGAACGAUGCCAUCAAAACCAGAAAAUGUAGACCAACAAACAGUUGAUGGGUCGAAGUAUUUGGUACAAUCGACCAAAUACUCUGAGGCUUGGUGGCAUGGAGUUGGGAACAAUACCAUCGCAGGUGAAAAUGCUACCAAAACAGCUUCUACAGAUUACCUGAACGAUACUGUUAGCAGUGGAGGAACGCAGUCACAAGCAAAUGAUGAAAAUAUUGGGAAAGAAGUUCAGCAUCUCAAGUACAUUCCGUUUUCUACAUCCCCACCUGUGGGCGAACGCCUUGAUCUAAAUUCCCAGAUGGAACUUGUUGGUCACUCAAUUGUUUUGACAUCAUAUCCUUUUUCAGAUGCACAAUAUUGCCAAAUGCUGACUUCUAAUGGACCACAGUCAACGUUUCCUCAUAUUUAUGGACUUCACCAUGCUAGGAUGCCUUUACCCCUUGAAAUGGAAGAAGAACCCGUUUAUGUAAAUGCAAAGCAAUAUCAUGGUAUCCUGAGGAGAAGACAGUCGCGUGCCAAAGCUGAGCUUGAGAAGAAAGUGAUAAAAAGUAGAAAGCCAUAUCUUCAUGAAUCCAGACACCUCCAUGCUAUGAGACGAGCAAGAGGCAGUGGAGGACGUUUCCUCAAUACCAAAAAGCCCAACAAUGUUAUUUCCAAUACAGAUAGGGAGAAAGGCAUCAAUUUUGGUGCAAACCAUCCAACAAAACCUGUCAACGAGGCUGGAUCAAAAUACAUGGUGGCUGAUGAAAAUGGAAUCAAGGAUACGCUUAAUGAGGAGGACAAAGAGUUCAUGACUCAAAAUCUGCAGAUAACACGCGCUUUCUUCAACGGAAAAUUGAAUGGCCAUGGCAUAUCCACUUACACUUCACAACUUGCUGACGUCGAGGGAGAUCAUCUCGAUCAGCCACAUGAAAGCAUGCAGGUGAAUGGGGCUCCACAGAGAGCCAUCCCCAUCAAUUGAAGGUUUCUUGAUGGGCAAAUGGGGCUUCUUUUCCAACACUGUUUAACCAGUUUCAGUGCAGAAAACUUGAAGAUUCAGUGUAUGACUGUUGAUUCAUGUGAGGCUCUGUUGCUGGUUGGAAGUUGAUGGAUUAGCCCCCUUUCUGCUUGGAAGAAAACCGCUUUUGGUAGUGUUUCUCAGGCAAUUCAUUCUUGGCUUUAGUUGGUGUACUCUGAGGUGAGAUGGAAGAGGAUGAAGAAAUGAAGCACACAAAAAAAUGUGGUACAUCCGCUGCCACUUCUCUCCUCUUCAAUUUACCUCUUCUAUUAUGUAUGCAGUUCUCAUCCUGAACGUCUCAGAUAAACAAAAAAAUUUAGUGUGAAGACUCUUGUAACUUAAUUUAGGUGCAUCUGGGUGUUGUAUCUAUUCAACUUUGAGUGCAUGUUUGAGGCUAUAAAUUUUCAUGUUUCUGGACGUACA